AGCAAAACCGUUGCAACAUUGGCCAAGAGCAACAACAACAAAUUAGCAAUAAAGAGAGACUGCAACAACAACUUAGCAACUGAAACAACAACAACAAGAAGGCGAACCAUCAAAUAGUAAAAUAGGAAAAUGCCCAAAUGCGAUGUGAAAACGCGCUACAUUCCUGCGACUUUCGCCUGGAUUGUGCUGCUUUUAACCACAUUUCUCUUCUUCUUUUAUCCCUGCCAAUACUACGUGAAGAGCCAUCCAUGGGUGCUGGCCUACCAGGGCGUCAUCACAUUCUUCGUGCUGGCCAACUUCACGCUGGCCACGUUCAUGGACCCGGGCAUCAUCCCCAAAGCCUCGCCCGACGAAGACUGCGAGGAGGAGCUGCGCGCCCCGCUCUACAAGAAUGCCGAGAUCAACGGCAUCACCGUCAAGAUGAAGUGGUGCGUCACCUGUAAGUUCUACCGCCCGCCACGCUGUUCCCACUGUUCCGUAUGCAAUCACUGCAUAGAGACCUUCGAUCACCAUUGUCCGUGGGUCAACAACUGCAUCGGCAGGCGGAACUACAGAUUCUUUUUCUUCUUCCUCGUAUCGCUUUCCAUUCACAUGCUGAGCAUUUUCUCGCUGUGUUUGGUCUACGUGCUGAAGAUAAUGCCCAACAUCAAGGACACGGCGCCCAUUGUAGCCAUGAUCCUGAUGGGCCUGGUGACCAUUUUGGCCAUACCCAUUUUCGGUUUGACCGGCUUCCACAUGGUCUUGGUGUCGCGGGGUCGAACGACCAACGAACAGGUCACGGGAAAGUUCAAGGGCGGCUACAAUCCAUUCUCGCGCGGCUGCUGGCACAACUGCUGCUACACACAGUUCGGACCACAGUAUCCCAGCCUACUGAAUCCGAAGAAGUACGCAUCGCGGCGAUCGCAGGUGCAGAAUCAGGCGAUCAGCACCAUUUGCAACGACCGGAGCGGCCAGCAGACGGGCGCCGGGGGCGGGGCCGGCGGCAAUGGUACCGCUGCAGCGGCCGGCGGCGGUGGAGCGGGCGGCGGGGGAGGCGGUGGCGGUGGCGGUAUGCGAGGCACUGCGGUGCAGUACUCACCACGCUCAUUCUACGACGCGAGUCGCGAGAAGCGCGGAAUUCAGCUUUCGCCGGGACGAGAGUGCUCCGAUACGGAUCUGGAACCGCCGCCCGCCUCCCAGAGUCAGGACUGCGAGCCGACGCCUCCUUUGCAGCGGCACAACUCCAGCAGCUUCUACCUGCCGCAGGUGAGCGAUGCCGGCGGUCUCAACGGCAGCGUUUCCACAGGCGGCGGAGGAGGAAGUGGCGGCGGCGGCGGUGGCGGCGACUCACCACGUCACAUGCGUCUCUACCAUCCGCGUCACAGUCCGCACGCGAGGCCCCGGGGUCUGGAUCCGCAGCGGGGCUACACGAGUGACGCCCUGUCGCCGGACCAUCCCGUUGGCUAUGCCGUCGGCGUCGGCGUCAACGGACCGCAGCAGCAGCAACAGCAGGCGCUGGCGGCGGCAGCGGCCGCGGCGGCGGUGGCAGCACAAAAUCAACGCAGCGCGACGACCACGGCCACGCCCACCAUGCAGCAGCGGAUCAAGCCGCUGGGCGUGGCCACGCCCCUCGUGAUGGCGAGUCCAGUGCGAAGGUCUAAUCCGGGCACGCCCACUCAGCCGCGACGCCCCGACUUCAUUGGACUGAACGCCCAGGCGGUGGCGCAGCAGCAGCAGCAGCAACAGGCAGCGGCGGCGGCGGCAGCAGCGGCCUACUACGAGUACACCAGCGGGCUGCCGCCGCAGCAUCCGCAGGCGCCCAGCAUCCAGCAGCAGCAGCAGCAGUUGCUGCUGCAGCAGCAGCGCGUCCUCAUGCAGCACCAGCAGCAGCAGCAGGCCCUGCAGCAGCAGCAGCAGCAACAGCAGCAGGCGGCGGUGCAUGCCGCACAUCCGCAGCACGCCGCCCUGGCGCAGGCGGCCUACGGCGGCAGUCCGCAGCGGCGCUUCCUCUCCGAGGGCGAACUGGUGCGCCAGGGAGCAGGCGGAGGAGGCGUGGCCGGCGGCGAGUUGUCCUACGCGCGGUCCAACAACACGGUGGACAACAUACGCGAGCUGGCCGGGAGUCCGCAGCGCGGCGUCUACAUGUGGAAGGACACGUCGCCCGGUUUCAACACCUCCGCCGGACAGCAGCAACAGCAGCAGCAGCAGCAGCAGCAAGUGCAGCAGGUGGUGAGCAGCGGGAUUGGCAGCAGUGCGGGCACGCUGGCCAGCAGCGGAGCCACCGGCGGCGGGGUGAUGCCGCAUGCCCAGUACAUGACGGCGGGCGGCGGAGCCCAUCCGCUGAUCAUGACGCACUCGCGGCUCCAGGACUUCGCCAUCCAGCAGCAGCAGCAACAGGCGGCGGCGGCGGCGGCAGCGGCAGCAGCAUCAUAUCAUCGCUCCAAUCCGACGAGUCCCACCACCAUGCCACAGGUGGCAACCGGAGGAGCUGGCCAGGGCUACAUACUGCGCUACGGCGGCGGAGGAGCUGCCGGAGCAGCCGGCAGCAGCGGCAGUUUGGCCAGCGUGACGGCCACAAAUCCCGUCAGCGGAGGAGGAGGAGGAGGAGGCGGCGGUGGUGGUGGCUAUCAGCCGGCGUUGCGCGGCGGAGUGGCCGUGUUUCCACCCAAUCCAUUGGGCAAUCCGGGCGGUGGCAACCUGCAGACGCAGCCGUCGCCGCAGAUCAAGCGAAAGCAGACGCCCACGCGGCCCAUGAGCUUCGUGCGAGCGCUGGAGAUGACGGACUCGAUGGAGAUGCAGUCGCUGGAGCAGCAGCAGAACGGCGGAAUCCCCGGCAGCGGUUCGGUGGUGGGCAGCAAUCAGCAGCCGGGUGGUGGACCCAAUGCUGGCCAUCUAAUGCAGGGCAACGCCUCCAAUUCGGGGACUCCGGAUAGGGCCAGCAUCUACGACAUGAACUACGAGAUCUCCGUAUAACCCGUGGUGGUGCCCGUGCUCCUGAUGCCGCCCGCCAGCCAAGCUCCGGCGGGUCCAGCGCUGGCUGCCCCGGCAGCUGCUGCUGCACCUCCUCCAGUUGCCGCGCAGCCGGCGCAGUUCUACAAUGCCCAACUAGUGGAGCCGGCUGCCUACGCCUGCGUUCCCGUCUUGCCGCUCAAACCGAUGAGCAAUGGCCUGGGAACGAAUAGUCAACAGCACCACCAUCUUCAUCAUCAUCACCAGCAGCAGCAGUUGCAGUUGCAGUCGCAGCAGCAGCAGCACCAAUAUUCGCACCAGAACCACAACCACAAUCAGAACAAACGCAAAUUUUCGACCUUCUUCUAAACAGAGAAAGGAAUCUGUUUUUUUUUUAUGAUUUACAUUUUUUUCAUUUUUUUAUUCGAUUGAUUUGAAUGGAGGAGGAGGAGGAGGAGGAGCAUGUAAAGGUGUAUCUAACCAGAGCUAUUUACACCAGAUGUGUGUGUAUAUACAUAAGUUGCACUGCUGUUGUAGCUAUUGCUAAAUUUUAAGUAAUUUUAUUAUGUAAUUUUUAUGCUUUGUUUUUAUUAUAAUUACCUUUAUCGAUGCACCUUGGAAGACGUUCGGCAUGAGAUCGGAUUUCAAAAGGAAUUAUUUAUACUUUUAAUGCUUUUUAUACAUAAACUAUAUGAUCGAAACGAAAACAAAAUAGAGUGGAGAUGAAGAGAA